UUUAUUUAUUAAAAACGUAGUUUCGUAGCUAACAAUGCAGCAUGAUCCAUCGAAAAUGGAUCAUGGAUCAUCGAUAAAAAAUUCUGGAUUGCGAAAAAUAGACAGAACUAGAAGUGCACGCACACCGGACAGAUCAGACAUUCGUCAUAUAGAUUCGAGCCUUCUAAACACUUUUUCUCCAAAGAAAAAAUUAUAUACAUCUAGACAAUCCACGCUGCCUGCAACGUUAAACGCAAGUACCAUUUUCUUGAGAAGAUUAGAAUUAGAGAAUAACAAUUUGGAAUUGGAACUUGCAUAUAGCGAGUACGUAUCGUCCAAUGCCGAAUUAAUUCUCGAGAAGAAAAUCUUUAGAGACACAGAAUUAACUCUUACUAAUUCGAUAAAAAGUAUUUACGAAGAAACCAAAUAUUUACAAGAGAAAUUUAAAUUACUCGAGACAAGGAUAAAAGACAUCAAGGCGUUGUCGUGGUUAAAUGAUUAUGUCGACGACGUUCAGUCUCAUACUAAAGACUUUAUAGAUAAGCAAAAGAAAUAUGAAAUUAAGGAUACGCUAGCUCAGUUGGAUAAAUUCCUAAAUCGAUUCAAUGUUUUACGAUGUGAAAAUAUUAUUUUACCAAAUACAAUAGAAGAUGUACAACGAUUUAAACAAACGUUAACAGAUUGCUAUUCUGUAUUACAAUUGAUUAGCGAUCCAAUCGAAGCUGAUAUUUUGGAAGACCUUACAAAGAAUUAUGAAGAGUUUAUAACGUUGCAUAAUGAGAUUUUAAAUAUUAAAAAAAUUGUUGCAGAUAAGAUAUGUAAUCUUCAAGUAGAAACUUUAAAAGCUUGCUCUUAUGCUUUAUCACAAAAUGAUGUUUAAUGUAAAUAAAUACUAAUAUGUUGUAAAUUAUAAAAUAUUUUAAUAUCUAAUAAAAAAAUUUUAUCACCAAGUACAUAUAAUCUGGUUGAUAAUUCUAAUUUUAAUAUUGCGGUAAGUAU